UCGAAUCCCAACUCAAACCAUCGAACACGCCACACGCUACGCGGAAACCUCCGCCGGACCGUCCCUGCCAGCCGCGCGCCAGAGCUCCGUCGCGAUCUCCCAACAAAUCCAAUCCCCCGCCUGCUCCCAUUUUCCCUCCUGUCUCGCGACGAGCUCGGCCACCUCCCGCCUAGGGUUCCGCGCGCGCCCGGGCAUGGAGGGGUGGGCGGCGGCGGUGGUCUACACGGCUGCAGCGCUUGCGUGCGCCGCGGCGGCGACGGUGGUGGUGGUGCGGCUCAUCUACCGCCACCUGCUCCACUACGCGGAGCCCACCCACCAGCGAUUCAUCGUCCGAGUCAUCUUCAUGGUGCCGAUGCAGGUAUAUGCAGUGAUGUCAUUUCUCUCCCUCGCCCUACCUGAUAGUGCAAUCUACUUCAAUUCUAUUCGUGAAAUCUAUGAUGCUUGGGUCAUCUACAAUUUCUUUUCACUCUGCUUGGCAUGGGUAGGAGGUCCUGGUGCUGUGGUGGUUAGUUUGAGUGGCCGAUCUCUGAAACCGUCGUGGUUCCUGAUGACUUGUUGUUUCCCUGCUAUGCCUCUAGACGGCCGUUUUAUACGGAGAUGCAAACAAGGAUGCCUUCAGUUUGUGAUCCUCAAGCCAAUAUUGGUUGUUAUUACAUUCAUACUUUAUGCCCAAGGAAGAUAUGAAGAUGGAAACUUCAGUGUCAACCAAUCCUAUCUGUACAUUACUAUCAUAUAUACGAUCUCAUACUCAAUGGCACUGUUUGCUCUUGCACUGUUCUAUGCGGCAUGCAGAGAUCUACUUCAACCAUAUAACCCUGUCCCAAAAUUCAUCAUGAUUAAAUCAGUUGUGUUUCUCACAUAUUGGCAGGGUGUCUUGGUUUUCCUUGCUGCAAAAUCUGGAUACAUACAAAAUGCUGAAAAAGCUGCUUAUCUCCAGAAUUUCGUGCUAUGUGUUGAGAUGCUCAUAGCUGCUAUUGGACACCAAUUUUCCUUCUCCUACAAGGAGUAUGCUGGUUCCAAUGCCCGUCCUUUUGGUGGUUUCAGGGGAAGCCUCCUUCAUGCUCUGAAAUUCAGUGACUUUUAUCAUGAUACUGUCCACCAGUUUGCACCAACAUAUCAUGAAUAUGUGCUCUACAGCAACGAGGGAGAGGAUGAACCUACCAAAUAUAGCCCUGGAAGUAUCCUACCGACGGGACAGGACAUACAGCUGGUAGAAGUAUCUGUCGUGGACUCAAAAGCUCCAGUUUCAUCAAGUUUAUUACAUCAUCAUACAGAUUUGGCAGAAAUGGCUCCCUCUGUGGUCAUGGCAGAAGGCGUUACAUCUGCGAAACCGUAUGACCUUUCCAACUUGCUCAAUGCGGAGUUGUCUGAUUACCCUUCUGAGGUUUCUGGAGUUCCUGGUCUAAGGCAACAAUGAUCUUGUGUGAUAUGUUUGAUGUAUAUUUGUCAGGGUGUGUAAAUGGUAGUGUUCUUGAGUUUAUCCUAGAUUACAAUGUAGAAAUGUCUCAUGUAUGUCUUGGUCCUCUUCUGAUUUUCCCCAUUCGAUGGGGGCUGGUCAAGCUGAACUGACAGGUUAACUGAAUGUUCUAAAAAAAAGACAGGUUAACUGAAGGUCUCUGCAUUUUAGCAGAUGGAUGAAUGGAUGCAACAUAUAACCAGUUUUGCAGUUGAA